AUGGAGACUCGGGUUGCGGGCCAAGGACAACCAAAACGUGUUGGCCGUUGGACGCUUGCACAGCUGCGUCAGACCGAUGGAAUUAUUCCAUCACAAGCCGGUUGGAAUAAAGGCGACUCUCAAAAACUUAUGACCAAUUUUGGUACCCCUCGAAACACUCAACUUAGAAUCAAAUCCGAGAAUCUACAAGAACUGCCAGAAGAUAUCUUGCUUCGGACUCAUGGCGAAGUACGCCUCCAAUCAGGAACCAAUAAAUUCGAUUCUCAACGCGGCAUGACCGGCUUUGGUACUGGACGUGACGUAUGCCGUGAAGGCGUACAUGUUAACAAUGCCCCGAACCUCAGUCAACUACCCGAAGAAAAAAUUCGUCUGAGUGAUGGCAUUGUUAGGCUACAAGCAGGUACAAACAAAUAUGAUUCGCAAAAGGUAAUCGAAAAAAACUCAACAAAUCCAAAAAAAUUUGGUAUGACAGGAUUUGGAACUUCUCGUAGAGAAACCACCAAAAUGGUCGACACCAAACAUCCUGAAUACGACCAUGAUAGUAUUGAUGCUACUACGAUCCCUAGUCAGAUGGGUAGCAACAAAUAUGCUUCCCAGAAAGGAAUGACUGGAUUUGGACAACCUCGUUGGGAGGUACUUGAUCCCUCAAUUUCUUGGCAAAACAGAAAGAGUCAAGGACUUGUUCGUUUACAAUCUGGUACAAACAGAUUUGCAUCACAACAGGGAAUGACCGGUUUUGGUACUCCUCGUAAUACCACUUAUGAGGCUGAGGCUGGCGAGCUACCAUACGAGGAUAUGAAAAAAUCAGAAACAAUUAUUCCCUCACAAGCAGGAUGGAACAAGGGUGAUUCUCAGAAGGGUAUGACCGGAUUUGGUGCGCCCCGAGACGUUAAAGGCAAACAUCUGAAGCGUAUUUGGGAGUUGGAGUAUCCAGAAGAAGCCGAAGUUUCGCUCGAUCGACUUUAA